AUGGACCUGGGGUUUUCGUAUCUCCCCCUGAAACCCGGGGAGAUCAGGGUAUUGAAACCUCUUCGUCGAUCGCCCGGGGCAUUGCUAUCGUUCGAGAUCGUCCAUGUAGCCCUUCUUUCGCAGCCGGGCUACGUCGCUCUGUCCUACACCUGGGGCCGUCCGGACACCAGGCACCACAUCUCUCUCAGUGGCCAGACGUUCCCGAUCCGGCCAAACCUCAACGACGCGCUCCAGCAGAUUCACAGCUCCAGCUCCAAAAUAGUGACUGACUACCUGUGGGUGGACGCGAUCUGCAUCAACCAGGGGACGGACGACGCGGCGCUGGCGGAACGCAGCAUCCAGAUCACGCUCAUGAAGCAGAUCUACGAGCAGGCCACGAACGUCCUGGUCUGGCUGGGCGCGCCCGUUGACGACAAGGCCAACCGGCUGGCCUUCCCGAUGAUGCGGUACUUUGUGAAGCUGCACCGCGAGGGGAUCAGAAAAGCACGUCCGUUCCGUCCGGCGUGGUGGCCACGCAAGAUUCGAUCCAGCGGCGAAGACGUCGCCGACUUCUUGCGGACAGUUCCUGUCGCGGGCGACAAGAGGAUCUUCGACAGCGUGCCCGGCUCGCAGACGCACCGGGGAUGGCAAGGCAUCGUGGCCCUGUGGGAGAGUCCCUGGUGGAUGCGCACCUGGGUGUUCCAGGAGGCUACCGUCCCAGAGCCGUACAAGCUGAAGUUCAUCGCGGGCGUCGCCGUGAUUCCGCCCACGUAUAAGGUGAAGUUUCUGAGUGGCGACCAGCAGGCCGGUUGGUCUGAGCUGGUCACCUCGUUGACGGUCGCGACGAGCAUCCUGUCGUCGACCCCGGGGUUGGCGUCUUCUACUUCUGCUUCUCUCCUCGCCGGACCCGUGGCCCGCGCCAGAGACCGGGCCUUGAAGCUGAUGAGGUUCCGCGAGCGUCGCGUCCAGCACGCUUCGGGGUCGUUCCUCGAGGUGCUGGACAUGUUUCGCCAUACUGAGUGUGCCGACCCCCGUGACAAGGUCUACGCGCCCAUGUACUUGGCUCCCGAUGAUGAUGUGCGACAUCACAUCCGCCCCGACUACGCGCGCCAGACGGUGCUCGACGUCUACGCCGAUGUCGUGCGCUAUUGUCUUGCCCAAGGAUCUGGUAACGAGCUGGAUUUCCUGGGCAAUGUGCUGUGGCUGGGCCAGAAGUCGGCCGAGGUCGAGACUCCCCAGGGCGUCAAGUCGACGCUGCCGUCCUGGGUGCCUAACUUCUCGACCCGGCUGAGUCUGGUCCCCCUGCCCAAGUACCUCUGUGUCCCGGAGAAUGUGCACCAACGGGCCGUUGUCUUCAACGACACCCGCGGUUUGCCUAACCACAAUCUGCCCCGGGUGCCGUGCUAUUGUCCUCUGGACGACGAGGAAGACCAGCAUUUGAGAUUGUCCACGAAACCUCGCAUUCAGAACGACAACACCAACACCACCCUCCUCGUCAGCGGCGUGCCCGUCGACAUCCUCAAAGACAUCAUCCCCAACACAGGCCCAGACCUCGAGGCUGUCCGCACCGUCGCCCGAACCAAAUCCCACCAGUGGGCCACGGAGAUGCACUCCAAGUACGCCGCCACGGGGGAGAGCUACGUGGACGCACUGAACCGUACGCUCUCGCUGGACGUGAUGUACGACGACCUAGGCCGGGCGUCGCGGCGCGGGGGCAAGCUGGACUUUGCGUUCCUGAGGCGCGCCCGUGCCGAGCUGUCGCUGGCCGAGUACCGCGCCCAGCUCAACAUGCGCGCCGCGCGGGACAAUGCGUCGGUCGGGCGCGACAUCGGGCGAAGUCAGUGCGAUUUACUGCUCAUGAUACCCAACACGGCCGCGGUGGGGGACACGAUCUGGGCCCUGCGUGGUGGGAGGGGGUUGUAUCUCUUGCGACCUGUUGUUCUCGUCCACGAAGACGACAGUGGAGAAGGGCCGGAUAGGUACAGAGUCAUUGGCGAAUGCUACGCCCACGGCCUGAUGGACGGGGAGAUCUCGCGGAGGGUGCGGAUGGGCGAGGCGCGCUUUGAAAAUAUCGCUAUUAUAUGA